UGAGAGUGCAUCCUCGGGACGGGGACGGGGACGCCCGCCGGCGGCGCGGCGCGGUGCGCAGGCGCCGCCUAGCCGGCGGAGUGUCGGGCCGAGCUGGCGCGGCCCGCCGCCGGAGUGGGCUCAGUCGCGAUGCGGCAGGCACGCGCUUCGCACGCCACCGGCGCGGUCCGGCCGCCGCUGCUGCUGCUGCUCCUCCUGGCGGCGAUACUGGCCGCUGCCGGCGCUACGGCGCACGCGCUCCAGGACCCCGCCGAUACCACUAAGUCUACGUACUGGGGAUCCGACAAUCGGCUUAUCCAAGGCUAUACGGACAGCAAGGGGCGCCAUUACCCACGGCUGCCCUACUAUCCAAUUGACGACGACGACAAUAUGGACAACCGCAUAUCACCGCCGUCUGCGUCGCUGUACGAGAGGCUGCCGUCGCCGCCCCCGCAGCGCCGCCCACAGCAGCCACGCAGACGGAUGAGGCCGGCCGGCCCUCGCGAGGGCGUCUUCCGCACCUCGGGCCACGGCAGCGUGCGCAUCCCGUACCCGGGGGCCCACGUCCACGUCAACAACGACGCCCCUUCGCGCAAGCUGUACUGGGGCGCCAUCAAUGCGUCUGUGACGCCACCGGAGCAGGCACCUCUACGCAGGUACCCGCCCGAGAAGCGCAGUGGAUCAGGUGCGCGGCCGUGCGUGAGGUGCCCGGGCAGCCGGGCAGUCGUGGCCAGCCGCGGGAAGCGGAGGGUGCUCGUCGAGCAGCCGGAACUGUCGCCCUGCCCCAACAGCCCAGUGUUCCCACUGACAGAGCUCAUGCUGGACUGGGUUCAUGGACCAAAGCCUGGAACUCUGGCUGAAGAGGGUGAUCACACCGUUGUUGUACGCAUGUUGUAUCGUCGAAGGGUGCUGCAGAAAUGCCGUUAUCGCUACAGUGUUGUAGUUAGAAGAUGUCCUGUGCUCUCUCUGCCCAGCACCUUGAUAGCAAACUGCUCAAUGGAUAAUGUCUGGGGAAGCACAUGCGACUUGAGAUGUCCUCAUGGCUACUUUUUGAAGGGGCAUUCAAGAAUUGAAUGUGGUGAUUCACUAAUGUGGUCACAUCCAAUUCCUCAUUGCGAAGAGAUGUCAGCAUGUCCAAUGCCUAUGAGUCCUGAGCAUGGUCGCCUCAGCUGUAAGACUCUUGGAAGCAGCCCACCUGGCACACUACCUGAACAUAGUGUUUGUCGUUACGAAUGUGAUGACCAUUAUACUAUACCAGAUGCACAGCACAGCUUGAUGGUUAUUGAAUGCAAAGGAGGGGAAUGGAACAGUACAGCUGAUCCAAGUUGCCUUGAGAUGGUUGACAAGAGGCACAGCCCACAAGUUCCUGCAAAAAUACGAAGACAUCGUAGAAAUCGCCGCAGGCAUCGAGCACAUAGAAGCAGAAUUCCAUUUCCAAGAGCAACUGCACAGGGGUUGACUGCUGAUCCGUGCAGGCCCAACCCCUGUCAGGGAGGGGGCACUUGCUUGCAGGGUCCUCCUUACGCACCAGUUAUCUGCCUGUGCCCACCUCACAGACAAGGAGAUCUAUGUGAAAGGGCACAAUGUCAUAAUGAUACAUGCCAGAAUGGAGGAAAAUGUAUGGUUAUCGCCAAUGAAACUGCUUGCUACUGUCCUCCUGGGUAUUCUGGAUCCCAGUGCCAGUUAAAGGAUGCCAGGUAGCUGAUAUGAUGUAUUAACAAGUCUUGCCUGAAGUACAACCAUUGGCAUAUGGAAACGUAUCAACUGUCUCCUACAGUAUCAUCUACAGAACCAGUAGUGCUAUCAAAGUAAAGAAAAGAUUGUGAGAGUGGAAAUAAAAGAUUCUGAAAUCUGUAGGAGCCAGGAACUCACCAAUCUAGUCUACUUAUAUAUAAGAAUUUUAGCCUUAAGGAGAAAUCAGAUUUUAGAAUAAAUGUUAAAUAGUGAGAUCCUCAUGAAACCUAACACCUUCUGAAUAUGUAGAGCGAAGCUUUUAGUACUUAGAGCACCAUAAAUAAUUAUACAAAUACAGCAGAUUUUUUUUGUCCAGUACAUAAUAAACCUAUUUGUGAACUAGGAUAUAAAUAGCGCAAGCAUUCUUUCUGUGAUUUAGCUUUGAAUUACAUACAUUUUAAUAAUUCCAUACAUUAUAAGUUAUUUUUAUUGUUUCUUGUUAGUAGAGAAGAAAAUACAGCUGCACUGUUAUCAUGCAGUCUCUUCAGAAACAGUAGUCUUAAUGAGUAUUCCAUUUAAUACUCAUCAUUUACUUAUUAUAAAUCCUCCAAAACAAUAAUUUGAAGUCAAACUCAAGGCAAAGCAUCUUUUGACCACUCAUUGACACUGAAACAAUUUCAAUAGGGCUGAUAAAAACAUAGCGCAUUAAGAGACAAUAAAUCUUGAUCUCAGUGAAGCAGUGGCCUCCUUAUCAAUAAAUAAAUAGAAGGCAGAGGGAAGAAAAACAUUUUUUGUAAGUAGUUUCAGAUAACAAAAGGUAGAUGUGCCAAACAGAAACUAA